AUGGAGCCUUCUUCAACGAAUUCAUGCACUUACCAAAUCAAAUGCUGGGUCUCCAAGGAGCACAAGAAUGGCCAUCCUUUUGAUCCCUUCUUCCCAGCAUCCAAGGUUGCAAAGUCCUCGACCUACGCUAUGGUCAGGCUGGAAUUGUCGCUGGGCUCGAGAAGUAGGAGCAGCCAGCGCACGGGUGUCGAUAUCUUCAAGAAAAGGCUAGCCAGCGCGAAAAACUUUUCCUUCGACCCCUCAAUUGAAUACGAACACUACAACCGUGAAACUAUCCAGCUGCCAUCCACCAGCUACAUACAACCUUGUCAUCAGCUCCUUAGCCCUCCGAGUGCCUCCCGGAAGUUAUUGCGUAAAUCUUCACCAGGCGGAACAUUCGCCUUUUCGGUCGAGCAUUCGAUGUACACGUCCCCAACGAACCCAGAAUUGAACAGAGAUGAGGAAUCACCACCCUUUGAUGAAUAUCUCCUCGAGGGCCCGAGAUCCACGAACUGGUGGACAGAAGGAGUUAUCAAGCAGCAUCAUACUUUUGCUACUUAUAUCAACUUCCUGACCCAGCCGGGAUUUGCGAUUGGAUAUGUUAUUGAGUGGGGACUGAACAAGGAGCAGGCAAAGAAUUCAUGGCAGACCGGCCGAGGUUUUUGA